AUGCCCGUGGCCAGGGAACGUUACGCUGUGCCCCGCGCGCGUUGGACAUCCGUCGUGCGUGUGGUCAUCCUGAUGCUCCCGCUGGUCGCCGUCUGCUGCUUCCUCUUUGGCCACUUCUUUGGCCAGAAGUCGCCGGCACCGACGGGGGACACAGCCAUAGGCGAACUCCACCUAAAUCAUACAGGCCCUCGGCUGGACCCGCGGCUGCCCUGGCACGGGAACCCCGCCCUGGGGCGCGCCUUUCUGCACGGGCUACAAGUGGACGACCGCGGGCAGGUGUACAUCCAGGUGACGGGCAUUUACAGGCUCCACAUCCAGGUGACCCUGGCCAACUGCACAUCCUCCUCGCGGGCCGCCGCGCGCCCCGGGCCCACCUUGGUGGUGGCCAUCUGCAACCCCGGCGCCCGGCCCAUCAGCUUGCUGCGCCUCCCGUUCCUCGGAGACUGUUUCGUGGCCUCCCAGCGCCUGACGCGCCUGCUCCAGGGGGACACGCUCUGCAGCAACCUCACCUUGCCCUUCCUGCCGUCCGCCAACUCGGACGCGAGUUUCUUUGGGCUCCACUGGGUGCACCAGUGA